AUGGAGAUUGAUGAGAUCUAUCAUGAGAUCGGAGAAUCUGGAAAACAGCAGAUAAAAUAUGGUGCUGUUCUGUUUCUACUCAAAGUGUACACCCCCUUUAUUAUCUUGCAGUACACAUUUGUAGCAAGACCAACUGCAUUCCAGUGCUUCAGAGGGGAACAAGUUCUGGAAAAUCAAUGUUUUGAGAGCAAAGUAGCAGCGUGCACAAAUCUCACGUAUGCGGAGAGGACAAUUGUAGCAGAAUGGGAUCUUGUUUGUGAUCGGAACUGGAUGGCUAAAGCAUCAAUGUCCAUGGUAAUGCUUGGAUUCCUAAUUGGUGCUCUGUUCCUGGGAGCACUUGCUGAUAGAAUAGGAAGAAAGUUUAGUUUGAUGAUCACUCUGUGCGGAGUUAUAACCUUUAAUGGUAUCUCAGCAAUCACAGCUGACUACGGCGUUUAUAUCACUGCCAGGUUUCUAGUCGGUUUCUUUGUAUCUGGAAAAGUAUUAUCCAUCAUAGUGCUAGUAAGUGAAUUAGUGGGUUCGAACUACAGAGGACUUUAUGGUCUUGCCGUCAUGGGAGCUACUCCAAUAGGAAUAAUGUUACUGACAGGAUUAGCUCUCAUCAUUCAAGAUUGGCGAUCUCUUACAAUGACAGUGUCUCUUAUAGGAUGUUUAUUUCUCAGUGUCAACUGGUAUUUGGUGGAGAGCCCUAGAUGGCUUCUAAAUGUGAGCAGACUGAAGGAAGCUCUGGCUGUUCUUGAAGUUAUAAGAAAAGGAAAUGGUACAAGCCCCCAUCUUCUCAGCUUACGUAAACAAAGCAUACCUAUCCUUCCUAUAGAACGAAUUUGGAACCUUCUAGGGCGGAAAAGGUUGACCCAUAUGUUGUAUAUUCUCAGCUUUAUCUGGUUUAUCAAUGGAGCAACGUAUUAUGGGUUAACCCUGGCUUCAGGAGACAUAGGCACUGAUCUAUACACUGGAAUGGUGCUAGGAGGGCUGGCUGAAUUACCAGCACUAGCUCUUUGUUACAUCUUUUUCUUAAAGCUGGGUAGAAGGCUGGGGUUAGCCUUGUUCAUGUUCUUCAGUGGUUUAUCAUGUAUCUUCAUACAUUUUGUGGCUGGAACAUCUAUGGAAUACCUAAUCACAUCAUUUGCUCUAAUAGGAAAGAUGUGUAUCGCUGGAAGCUUUAAAGUUGCGCACAUUAUUUCUGGAGAAAUAUUCGCCACAAGCAUCAGAAACUCCGGGUUAGGAUUCAUGUCAGCUACAGCUAGGGUUGGAUCCAUCCUUGCUCCUUUCAUUGUUAUGGCAGGAGAGACAUCGCCGGGUAUUCAGUUUACAAUUUUUGGAAUUCUGGGGUUAACUGGAGGCAUUUUAAGUCUUUUUCUCCAAGAAACCCAGGAUAGGCCACUUCCAGAGACUAUCCCAGAGAUGAUGGCAGAACUGGACCGAAAAAUUUGAUAUCAUCCAAAUAUUAUUUCUUAGUUAUGAGUUAAUUUUACUAUUUGUUUUUGUUAUCUAUUUUUGAAAAAAAUGCUGCUAUAAAUUAAAUUUAAAUAAUGA